AUGAUAAACAAUUUGGAGAAAAACACGGUAGUAGUGAUACCCGCAAAGUACAUUGCUUAUUCUCAUACAGUAUGCGCCUACAGCGCUUUUUUUGUUGCAUUGAUCGUUGGGUGCUAUACUCAUUAUUACAAGAUUGUUCAAAACGAAUACUUUGGGUAUCCUCAGGAAUGGUUUCCUAGUGUCAGUGCAACAACAGGUGAUAGAUAUCCUGCACGCGCUCUUUUCCAAAUCUUGAUUGCAUUGACUUCAGGGCCUCGAUUUGCUUUGGUAGGGUUAUGGUAUUAUUACACUACAAAGUCCGUGCGUUCCAGUUCAUUGGGAUUUGGCAAGUUCUUGCUGGCAGUGGGUGUUGUUCGUACAGUGUCGUGUGGUGGUUGGGUUUAUAUCACAUCAACGGAUGACCAUAUGACACACGAUGUUGCCAUGGUGAUUUACCUCUUGUGUACUUUACCAUGGCAAUUGGGUGUGUUGUAUACCAGCCCCAGUGCAAAUACGACUUUGGUCAAGAGGCGUAGAUACCUUAUCAUGGCAUUUUUUGGCACAUUGCCACCCAUGAUCUAUUUUUUCCUUCAACACAAAGUGCACCAUAUACCUGGAGCGUAUACUAUCUAUGCAUUUUUUGAGUGGUCAUUGAUCAUCUAUGAUGUAGCUUUUGACUCGGUUACAGCGUUUGAUUUUGACACAUUUGAACUCAAAGUAACUCAACGUCCAGAUAGCAAGCACAUUGAAAAAGAAACUGCUUGA